AUGCAGUUUCUCUUUGGAAACCUCUGGAUACUGGGCAGUGGGAAAAAAUGUAUUCCUGGCACUUUGCAGAGUGAUCAGGAGCUGGACCGUGCUCAGGAGCGCCUGGCCACUGCCCUGCAAAAGCUGGAGGGAGCUGAAAAAGCUGCCAAUGAGAGCGAGAGAGGUGUGAAGGUUAUUGAAAACGGAGCUUCAAAAGAUGAAGAAAAGCUGGAACUCCAGGAAACCCAACUCAAAGACGCUCCGCACAUUGCAGAAGAGGCAGAUAGAGAGUAUGAAGAGGUGGCUUGUAAGCUGGUGAUUAUUGAGGGAGACUGGGAACGCACAGAGGAGCGAGCUGAGCUGGCAGAGUCCUGUUGCGGAGAGAUGGAUGAGCAGAUGAGACUGAUGGGCCAGAGCCUGAAGCGUCUGAGUGCUGCUGAAGAAAAGUAUCCUCAAAAAGAAGACAAAUAUGCGGAAGAGAUAAAGAUUCUUACUGAUAAACUCAAGGAGGCAGAGACCCGUGCUGAGUUUGCUGCAAGAUCGGUAGCCAAGCUGGAAAAGACAAUUGAUUUGGAAGAUAAACUGAAAUGCACCAAAGAGGAACACCUCUGUACACAAAGGAGGCUGGACCUGAAUCAGAUGUAGAGCCACCCGUCCUGCCCUGCCGCCGCUCCUCCCUCUGACCCUGACUCCGCCUGAGGCCAGCCUGCUUGAAGCUGACCUUUAAACUGAGGGCUGACCUUUAACUGGAAGGCUGCUUUCUCCUUUCACUGCCCCCUCCCCCCCCCCCUGUCUUUUUCACCAAAUUGUCUCUGCCUUCCCUCAGAGAUUUUGAUAGUGCUAGAGGCUGAGCACCUUUGGGAACAACAUUUAAGGGAAUGUGAGCACAGUGCAGUGUCUUUAAAAGCAUGUUGUGAUGUACACAUUUUGUAAUUACCUUUUUUGUUGUUGAUGUGGCAACCAUUUGUAAAACAUUCCAAAUAACUCCACAGUCCUCAAGCAGCCGUCUGAUCCCUUUCUCACUUGUAGGAGGUAAUUUUUCAGCUUAAUCCACAUUGCCCUCUCCAUAGAGGAGGGAAAAAGGUAUGGCCUGCCUUACUGGGAUCCACAUAGAGCCCAGAGAACGACUCCACUCUGGGGAGUCAUUGCUUUGUGCAGACUACUAGCCAAAUUGAAAAGGCGAUUCCAGGAGGAGUUAACC